AUGCAUGAAUCCUUGUUGACUCUAUUCGUAUGUGUGCUAUUCCAAUGGCUAAUCUCCGUCUGGCGUCCAUGUGAAUCCACCACGCAUAUCAAUACUGCACUCUGUCAGUUACGUGUCACACAUAACGCUUCCAUUGUGGGCACAAAUGAUACACGCAAUCUGCGUGUUCUCUAUCGUCUUUACGGUCCGAACGCUCGUGAAUUCGUAUUUGUCGCGGGCACAAAUCAUGUCUACCAGUUUGACGCACAUCACCUCCGGCGCUUGUCCACUCGUGUAACUGGGCCGCAAAAUUUCUCCAUUCUCUGUUCGGAUGAACACGAAUGUAGCUAUUGUCGGAUCACACCAAACAGUCCAUGGCCGAAAGGCUAUUCGGCCGAGUUUUGUGGUCCUCGACCGACCGAUAACUUUGUCCGAGCCUGGGCCACAUCCACCGUAGCGGCAGAUGAUGAUGAUAACCAUAUGUUUCAACACGGUGAUAGUCUGACUUCCCCUGUUUAUGAUGUGGUCAUUAAUGAUGAUCGCAUCGCUUGCGAAGAUGCGCUCUAUCUGUGUUACAAUGCGCAUCAUGGUUAUUGUGAACGUGUACGCUUACAAAAUGUGAGCACCGAAGCUCCCUGGCACGGCCCUUUUGGUCAACCGCAUCCGACGACCCAGUCGAAUCGGGUCGCCGUGGUCGGUUGUGAUCCGAUCAUGCACGCGACCAUUGUCGUGGGUGCUCAAUAUGUGUACGCGGCCACGGAACCGGAUAUACUAAAAAGUCUCACCCUGUUUUCACCUGACCCACUGAGUGCACGUGCCCGGGAUUUUCAACUGGUCAAUUCAAAUCGAGACACAAAGACCGUGGUCACUUUGACCGACGAUUCUUCUAUCCCGUUACAGUACAAAUUCUCGUUUCGCUAUCGUAUACAUCCACUAUCUACACCGGUUUCAGAUCCGACCACUACCCCGGUACCAGCACAUGUGUAUUUUGUACUCCAACAACCCCGUAGUGCACGAUUCACGCACUGGCAACCCCGUGUGGCACGAAUUUGUGAAGGAGACAAACAUUUCUAUUCAUAUGUGGAGUUAAAUCUGGUCUGUUACCAAUGUGCACCGAUCGCGGAGCAAAAACACAAGACAUUGAAUGCGCUGCACACAAGUAGUCGAGGCCAAGUAGGUCGUAUUCUGGCAAACCAAUUGAAACAGUCGAUCGAACACAUUCUGCAACGAUUAACUGACAUACUGCAUGCUAGUUUGGAAGCACCACGUGUGGCUGCAAACACUCCCGGUUGGGAAGACUUUCACGAAGUGCUCUUGGUCGCAUUUGCUGCUCAGCCAGUCGAUCCGUCAGUCUAUUGGUACGAAUUCGCUCAGGAACAUGGGGGACAACCGAUGCAUUACAUUCGAAGCUCAUUUUUACCGGACGUGGAUCAGGAUCAGAUUGGAGCAAUCCUGCUCUCCGGUUCCGCGCUUUCCUUAUUCUCAAUGGCUCAUAUUGACGCGCAGUUUACCAACGUGAUCCGCAAUUGUCUGGAUGGUCGUGGCACUCGUGGACCACCGCAUUUCUUGCGUCUUAACAGCCCACAGUACAUGGGAUGUGUCCCGGAAGCGUAUCUGGCCGAUCAACCGUAUUAUUGUCCAGCCAAAGCGCCUAUGAAUCAUUUCAUCACAGGUGAAAAGGACGAAGAUCGCUUGGAGGCUCCCUCGUUUCUUUAUCUGUCCAAAAAUGUCACCGGGUUGGCAAUUACAGUGGUUUCGGUCAAUUUUACUGUUUGUCUGAUAACCACUGAUGACGGAUGGUUGUUCAAGUACGAGGUGGUCAGUCUGAACGAAUCCCGCCUGUUGGAGUCCCGGUUGCUCGCACCAGCCGGAACCCCGUUGACCGGAAUCUCGUUGGAUUUUACAGGAACUGUUGCUUUUGUCACCUCCUUGAGUAAAAUGAUCGUUAUCAUUUGUUGA